UACACCCAUGCACACUAUACACAAUGCAAAUAUAAGCUGCACACAAAACCACACCUACACACACAGUAGCGCAUCCAAAUGAAUGCACACACAGCACAACUACACUGACACAGCCAGGCACACACAACUAUAGACACAACUCUGACCCACUUGACUACAAACACAGGCACACGCACAUAGAAUUACUCACACACACAACUACAAACACGGACACUUUUUGAGUAGCAUCUUUUGUUGACUUCAUUGAUUUAAGUCAUCCAUUAACAGACAUUUGGAAACAUGCGGGGGAUAAAGUCAUUUCCUGACAGUGGGCAGUCACCAGCCGUCAAUCAUUGAUCCAUCCAACUAUGCAACAACUCCUGCAGCUCAGAAACUCAGAAACCCAAAAUGAGGCUGAUGGUGUGUGUGCUUCUUUGUGGGACCGUGGCUGUGUCUCAGGUCAGGGGCGACCGUAAAGGCUGCCUCCUCGCAGACUUCCUGAAUGGGACACUGUACGACUCCAAGUUUGACACAUCAGGGCUGCAGGACAGUUACCCAUCAGAGAGGCAGAUCCGGGUCAACUGUGUGGUCGGACACUCGGGUUUCUUCAAACUCAUUUGUGACGAUGGAACCUGGAAGUCUCGUGGCUCCAAAUGUCAACCCAGGCCCUGCGGUCACCCGGGUGACGCCCAGUUUGCAGACUUCCACCUGGAGGGAGAAGACUUUGUCUUUGGCUCCAAAGUCAUCUACACCUGCAACAAAGGUUAUCAGAUGGUGAGUCGGAUCAACUAUCGCCGCUGUGUGUCGGAGGGCUGGGAUGGUGUUGUGCCUGUCUGUGAACCCGUCCAGUGUCCUUUGCUCCGACUGGACGAUGGGGUCCUUGUGACAGGAAACCUGGAGGAGGCCAACUUUGGGAAUGUGCUACGAUUCAGCUGCAAAUCCAGCACUCACAUGCUGGACGGUAAGGGAGAGAUCUUUUGUGAUGAAACGGGUCGGUGGUCAGGACGUCCUCCCAUUUGCAAAGUGGUCAGCUGUCAAGCGCCCGUCAUCGAGAAUGGUCAGGUGGUCCGAGACCACUCUGCAUAUCCAGAGCACCAUGAACUGGACUUCAGAUGUAACCCUCAAUUCCAGCCGUUGGACGCUCGACCUUCCAAAUGCAAGAAAAUGGGAUUGAGAGCUGACUGGAGCCCGACCCCCGCCUGUGAACCGAUUCGGUGUAGGAUAGACCUGUCAGGGACCAUAGGAACAAGCUUUGUGCCAAGCUUCACCAGUGCCUUCGCCAUCGGUGAGUCGGUAACCAUCACGUGUGAGGAGGACUUUUGGAUCAUAGACAAGCACACCACCUCAACUGUGUCCACCUGCCAGGAUAAUGGGAAAUGGAGCAUUACACCUAAGUGUCUUGAGGUCACUUGUCCAAAUCACAGGCCCAGACACGUUUCCUGGUGGUCCGUGUACUGGGUUCCGAGGUUAACUCUUGGUGCUCGAGUCAGGUACCAAUGCGACGGUGGUUUUUAUAAGACUGACGAUGCCCCUGGACUGACGUGUACCCGAGACGGGUGGAAGCCAGAUCCACCCUGUGAAGAAAGGGCUUGUAAUGUUGCUGAAGUCCAGAACGCAGAUGCUGUAAAUUACUGGAUAAGGAAGGUCUACUUUGAUGACCAAGCCACAUUUAAGUGCAGGCACGAUCAUAGGCAAUUCACCCUGAGAUGCACACGGCAGGGCUGGUUAGGUACACACCCCUGCCCGCUGGAGAACCCACGCCCAGUAGAGGAGCUCCCCACUCAGCCGCCACCUUCGCCCUCGUGUCCCAAACCCAAAGUGAAGAAUGGGUUUACUGUGCAGACUGCGGGUGAAGAGGUGUAUUUCACUUGCCAUCAGGGGUUCAAGCUUCUCAGCGGGGCGUCCUGGGGUGUGGCUGAGUGUACCAGUGGUGUGUGGCUGGGACUGGAGCACUGCAUUGACCAGCGAGUCUGCGGUGAUGUUCCGGAAGUUCCAAAUGCUGAUGUCAGUGUGAAGACCGGAGUGAUGGAGCAUGAGGAUGUUGCCCUGAUCACUUGUCGAGAUGGAAGCCCGGGUGCGGCCGGUCAUCUCAGCUGCCUGAAAGGAACCUGGGAUUCUGACGGGAUCCCUAUCCAAAACAUUUGUCCAAAUAAGGCCGAGCUGUGCGGUGCCCCGCCCCAAGUCAAGGAUGCCAUCAUCACCACUCCGUACCAGAACAAAUAUCAGUGGAAUUCCACUGUCACGUAUCGCUGCCGGGACAAGUUCACAUUGGAGGGACAAGACCAGAUCCAAUGCACAUCUGGGAAGUGGGAGCCAAGCAACAUCAAAUGCACAGCAUUCUGUUUCAAACCCAUGGAGGAGCAGCCAACAAUGACCUUCCACCCGGAUCAAGAGCGCUACCUCCAAGGUGAGGUAGUGGACUACCGGUGUGUAACACCAGGAAACAAGGCCGGAGGAUCUGCCAUGUGUGACCAGGGCAGCUGGACACAGCCUAUUGACUGUGAAGCAAAGCCAUGUGCACCUCCUGAGGGGACGACCAAUGGAAACUAUCGGUUCCUAACAGACUCUGAGACUACUGUGCAGUACUUCUGUAAUGAGGGGUUUGAGAUGGUCAGCCGCGUAGACAACAGAACAUGUCUGCAGGGCAAGUGGACGAACAGCGUCCCAGUGUGUGAAGCCACAACCUGUCACCUGCCCACUCUGGAUCAGAACAUGGUGGUGAUCAAUUUGCCAGAGGCGGAGGGCAGCAUUGCCCCGGGUCAUUGGCUCCGCUUCAGCUGCAAGCUUCCUGGGAAGGUUCUCAAUGGGAGCGCCGACCUGAUCUGUAAACUGGAUGGACGCUGGGACCACCAGUUUCCCACCUGUGAAGAUGUACCUUGUGCUACUGAGAAGAUGGAUCCUCGUCUGCGGGUCUCUGUCCUCCCGAAUGAACACGGCACUAUUCAUCAUGGACAAAAACUGCGCUUUGAUUGUGAGAACGGGUCCUAUGUGGACGGAGCAGAGGAGAUUAAGUGUUUACCAUCUGGAAGGUGGAGCGAACCAGUGCCUUCCUGCUCAGAGCCAUGUCAGCUAACAGGUGUUGCCGACAGCGUUCAGCUGGUGUCACACAACCUCGAUGCGUAUGUCAAAAGGGGUGAGAAGGUCCAGUUCCACUGCCGUAUACGAGGUCACAACAUCAGAGGGGCGAGCGAAGUGGUGUGUCAGCACAAUGGCAAAUGGAGCGCCUCCUUUCCCACCUGUGGAGCGGCUACAGAGAACUGUCGGAGUCAACCCACUCUGCUGGACGGCGAUGUGAAGGGCUCGCUGAAGUCUGAAUACGAACACCUGGACCGGGUGGAGAUGGCGUGCCAGUCGUACUACGUCAUGGAGGGCAGCCCAAUGAAGACAUGUGUGAGCGGCGAGUGGCAAGGAGACAUGAAGUGUCUGAAACCGUGCACAGUGGAUCGCGACAUCAUGAACCAACGUCAUAUCACCUUUCGCUACACAAGAGACGACAAGUUGUACUCAGCACAUGACGAUGAGAUCGAGUUUAUGUGCACUCGAGGGCGAAUGCACGGAGACGCGCGUCAACGCUGUUUGAAUGGUCACAUGGAUCUUCCCACCUGCCAGUGAUGACGUCAUCACCCUGCAAUACCAGUCAGGGACCUAAUUCUGCUUUUGUUGUCUAACAUUUGUGUUUCUCACAAUAAACAUCUAAACUCAAA